AAAAUGUUACUGAUUCCAUAAUUUGUAAGUAGAUAUUAGUAUUUAAUCUUGAUAACGUAGGAGAAACUCAUAGCCGCAACCUCCCAGAUCAGUAUAAAUGUAUUUUGCUACUCAUUGGUCAGAAUUUGGUAACGGUCGUUCUCACUGGCUACUCAAUACAGCCGUCACACCCUUCAGAGUACAGUCCUUGCAAUAUAAAUAGAGACGCACAGUUGAGUGUCUGCUUGUCCAAGUCCUGCAGUUCAAGAUCAAAGAUGGCGGCUGUUCUGGUGCACAACAUGUCCUUCAAGGCGGGACAAACCUUGACCAUCACGGGUGUCCCCAACGCUGACGCUACCAACUUCGCCAUCAACGUUGGCCAUGAGCAGGACAUCGCCCUGCACCUGAACCCCCGCUUCGACGCCCACGGGGACCAGCGCACCAUCGUCUGCAACUCCUACCAGGGGGGGCGCUGGUGCGAUGAAGUCAGGGGGGGCAACUUCCCCUUCCAGCCGGGGCAGGAGUUUAAGAUAAUGAUCACCUUUAACGCCGAGGAGUUCCAACUGACCCUGUCUGACGGCUCAGUAAUCCACUUCCCCAACCGCCCCGGCGACACCAAGUACAGGCACUUAAAAUUUGAAGGAGACGCCAGGAUCCAUGGGAUAGAAAUUAAGUAGACCAAUCAAGCCAGAAACGACGGUCCCUGUCUGGCUACUGAUUGGCUGCUGUGCUUCCCUCUCCGGCUGCUUAAUGGUUGUUCAGCCUCCCU